AGAGCUCUUCUCUGUGUAACUCAAAAGUGUGUCUCUAUCACCACCAGAAGCUGGUGCAAUAAAAGACAUUAGCUCAUACCUACCUUGUCUUAGUGGUGCUUUUAACGUGUGUUAGCUCCAUAGUUGUAAGUUCUAGUGUGGACAAUACAUAAAUGUUUGUGGCAUUGUGACUAAAAAUUCAAGGGUGUGUGUCCCUGGAUGGCUACGUUUCAGCUGUCAAGUGGAGUGUAUUUAUGGAGAGGAGCCACACCAAGUGGGAGUGACCCAGCCAGAAUUCCUCUAAACCACAGUCUUUUUUCAUAUGGGUGCAGUCUAUACAUUUUCCUUCCUCUCAGCCCCACCCUGAUGCAGUAUAGAUGGAGAUGGGGCCAUGGGCCUGCUCUCACCUCAGCUGCAAGGGAGUGCACAUUGUGACUUCAGUGUUCCCUUCCCCCAACCACAAUCUGGCCUUAAAUAUUUUGCAGACCCAAGCAACCGCCUGAUCUGCCUGCAUGGCUUAGUUGUCUUGGUUACUAUGGUUAGCCAUUCAGAAUUAGUGCAUUUUUCUCUUGAGAGCGAAUAGGAAUGCAUUUGAAUUUCAGUGCUACACAGAUGUGCGGAGGAAGCGUAUAAAGGUCAGAGGAGCUGAGGAAUGAGUGAGCUGUAACGUCUGGACUUUACUCUCUCAUGUAAUCUGUAACCAGACAAACUUCACCCAAAACCCAGUCGAAUGCAAAACAAAAAAGACACCACAUUGAACCAGAAAGGAAAGCAUGGUCCAGAGGGUGGCAAUCAUUGGAGCUGGGUCCAGUGGACUGGUCUCCAUCAAGUGCUGUCUGGAUGAGGGGCUGGAGCCCACCUGCUUUGAGCAAAGUCAUGACAUCGGUGGCCUCUGGAGAUUCACAGAAGCGGGGAGGAUCUGUGUCUACAGAUCGGUGAUAACGAACACCUCCAAGGAGAUGAUGUGUUUCAGCGACUUCCCCUUCCCAGAGGAUUUCCCCAACUACAUGAACCACUCCAGGCUCCUGGAGUAUUUCAGAAUGUACGCCAAGCACUUCAGCCUUCUCAGUUACAUACACUUCAAGACCACAGUUCACAGUGUAAGGAAACGCCCAGAUUUCUCCACCACUGGCCAGUGGGAUGUUGUCACUGAGACUGAUGGGACGGUUGAGUCGGCCGUUUUUGACGCUGUUAUGGUUUGCAGUGGCCAUUAUGCAGAACCCCAUUUACCGCUGGAUUCUUUCCCUGGUAUAGAAAAUCGCUUUAGAGGCCAGUACCUUCACAGCUGGGAAUACAAAGACUCUGCCAGUUUCCAAGGGAAGAGAGUCCUUGUGCUCGGUGUUGGGAAUUCUGGAGGAGAUAUCGCCGUGGAGAUCAGUCGAGUGGCUGCUCAGGUAUUUCUCAGCACCAGAAGUGGCACGUGGGUGAUUAGUCGUAUUUCAGACCAUGGCUUCCCUUUUGACAUGAUGCUCACCACUCGCUUUCACAACUGUCUCGAAAACUUCCUCCCAUCAGCCCUCAUGAGAUGGCUAAGGCUGAAGAAGUUCAAUACAUGGUUUGACCAUGCAAAUUAUGGCUUGAUUCCUCAGAAAAGUCCAAACCUAAGCUUAAUUGUGAAUGAUGAGCUGCCAAGUUGCAUCCUCUCCGGUACAGUUGUGGUAAAACCAAAUGUGGAGGAGUUUAUGGAAAGCUCAGCUGUCUUUGAAGAUGGGACCGUAGAGGAGAACAUCGACAUGGUGGUCUUUGCUACCGGAUACACUUUCUCUUUUCCCUUCCUUGAAGAGUCUGUUCGCAACAACUGCAGAAGCAAGUACACCCUUUACAAAUACAUCUUCCCACCCCCUCUGGAGAAGCCGACGCUGGCUGUCCUAGGCCUUAUAGCGCUAACAGGCUCCAUCAUGGCAGGAACAGAAGUCCAGGCUCGUUGGGUCACAAGGGUCUUUAAAGGGUUGAAUCAGCUCCCUCCUGCCAGCAGGCUGAUGGCUGAAGUUGCCAAGAAGCAGCAGCAUCUAAUUAAACAGGGUCUUUCCAACAAGGAGAGCAAAAUCAAGACGAGUUACAUUGGCUACAUGGAUGAAAUCGCAUCAUGUGUUGGUGUAAAACCCAACGUGCUGCUGCUGUUCCUGAAGGAUCCCAAGCUGGCCCUGGAAGUUUUCUUUGGCCCAUGCACCCCUUGCCAGUAUCGCCUGGCUGGACCAGGAAAAUGGGUAGGAGCCAGAAACACCAUCCUGACCCAGUGGCACAGGGCUGUGAAGCCCCUGAGAACUCGAGUCAUCAAUGAUUCUUCCAAUCACUCUUUGGUUUUCCACUGGCUUACAAUUCUUGGCCUUCCUGCACUUCUUUGUGCUGGUUUACUUAUUUGUAAGUAUUCCCCUCAGCUGUGGUUCCCCAGCGUAAGAUUAGAUGUUUUUCCCAUAUGUAAAAUGGGCUUUAUGAAAGGAGGGCUCUGAGUAGCUGGUGACGGCUCUAAGCUGGAACCAUUCAUCAGUUCCAAAAAAAUUCAGACUCUUCCAGCCCAGCUCAUCCCAAUCAGAUUGACACCGGAAGCCACCCCUGGCCUCGGCACUUUGCGAAUACACACACUUGCUCUCCAGCUAAUAUGAAGUUGGCCCUGAGGUAAACUGCUGGCUGAGGAAGCCCAGACAAUGCAGAGCCAGAGAGAGCAACAGAGACUAUAGGGAUUGCCAACUCAAUCAAUGCCUCAGAUUAUUACAAUUGAGAUGUCAGAUGUUUCAUUUCUCUUUCACCAUUGACCCUGCUUGUUUACUGAUUACAUAUGGUUUGUCUUGGAUUAUGAAAAUAGACUAGUCACCUUCUCUUUUGUACAGAGAGAAGUUGUAUAGAUAAGUUUCUAAUCACUUUCAUUUUCCGAUUCUUUCCCAUUGGUGCUUGCUACUAGAUGUAGUGUUUACCUUAGCCGAUGAGCCACACACCCUGGUGCCCUGCACCUUAUGUAGUUAUUUCCAACAAAUAAUUAUCUUAUCUCAUACCCCACUCAACGUUAAGCUGGAUUUGAUUUACUGCAAAGGCAAUGGAGCCUUCUGAAUUGGUUUUGUACUGGACAUGGAAUUUGUGCUACAGCAGAAUUUCAGUGGCAUUUAUAGACAGUCCAUUAUGUCAGUAUGGGCAGCCAUAAACCAUGAUACAUAUUGUUGAGGACUGCCAAAUGACUCAGCUUCCUGGAGGUCUUCAAGCCUUGAACAUCAUUGAUAAGAACGCUGUGACUUGGCUUGAUCAAACUGCAUACACAAAAUAAAUAAAUACAAUAAAUGUCCAACAAUACAAACAGGAUGCAAAUCUUUAGCAUUCUGAUUUUAGUAGCAUUUUACAGUUAUUUGGACAGAGGCAGGACUAAGAAUUAUCUAGACCAUCCCUGACAGGUGUUUGCCUAACCUGUUCUUAAAAACCUCCUGUGGUGGAAAUUCCAUCACCUCCUUCGGUAAUUUAUUUCAGUGCUUAACCACCCUGAAAAUUAAGAAGUUUUUCCUAAUGUCCAACCUAAAUCUUCC